CGUAUUUUUACAGCCUUUCUUACUGUUGAUUCCAUGUUUACAUUUAAAUCUCCACCACGUGUAUAUUCUACAUUCAUACGCAUAUUACGAAGUAGUUCCAAAUUUAUGAUCAGAAAAAGGCGAUUUUAAACAAUUUACAGUAAGAAUCAAUUUGAUUGCGCCAAAAACAUAUCAUAAUAUGACUAAAUAUUUAGUCCAAAACAUAAAUGUUGGAUCAAAGAAACGUUUACAAGAUUUCUGUAAAAAGCCGUUGACAGAGGUGUAGUGCGAGGAGCGCACGGAACUCUGGGUAGAGAAUGACUGUCUGACGUGUUUCAUAACGAUUGUUAGGCCGAUCUUGGCACACUGAUUUGGACUACGAAUUAUUCCGUUUACCUGCAGUCAAAAUCAGUGUGCGAAGAACGGCCUAACAAUUAGUUUGAAACACGUCAGACAGCAUUUGACCCAAUGACAGGUUGUAUUAGCAAACUAGAUCGUUAUAACUCAGACAAUGUACUUCACCAUUUAGUUUUAAAGCGGACCUCAAAACGCAUCUUUUUAGAUUAGCUUUUAAUUUGUGAUUUUUUCGCUAUUUGAACUGUAAUUUGUUAUUAUACUUAUGUCUUUUUAUUGGUGCGUUUCGUGUAUCAAUGAAUUGUUACAUGUGACUGUGUCUUUUACGUAUAAAUUCUUAUGUGAAAAUUGUGACGGAGCUCCUGUGUCACAGUCAGCCCUUGGCACGAUAAAGAACCUUCACUGCUAUAUAGUUCUAUGGCCUUGAAACGCUAUGUAUAGGUCAAAAUUUAAAACCAUUCAUCUACAGCUAAUGACUGCUCUGUAUGAGUGAACAAUUCUAGAAUGGGACAAAACUACAAACUGCACGUGUACUUCAGACAAAUUGAUGUAUAUCGACCCCGCCAUAGUUUCGAAAUGGAUAUAGCAUUCGGUAUCAUUGACGACUAAACUGUCGAGAUUUCGAUUACCUGUCUGAGCAGCAAAGCUUUCAAAUUGAUUUCAUCAAUAUAAUUGCCAUGGGCAUUUAUUUGCAUAUCAACAUUCAAGAAAUUCAAUUACACUAAAUGAAAUCAGAUUUGUGUUUGCCUUUCAGAUUUCCACUUUGGACUGUGAACUCAAGCUAUAUCAGUCAAGAGAAUCACUUAAGAGAGCAUCACUUAAACCAGGAUUAGAAUAAUCUAAAAUGACGAUUUUCAUUGAAAAUGCAUCAAAUUCGGCAAGCAACGGUACUAAUACAGGGGACACUUUUCAACGAGGAAUCCAAAAUAUGUCUGAAAAGAAAAUGUUCCCAAAGACAGGCAUUUCUUUAUUUCCAAGCUGUUCGUCCGCAGACGUAUGUGAAUCGCUUUGGUAUUGCACCAAAGAUCCUCUUAUAACCGUUAUAGGAAUCACUGCUACCGUGUUUGCAAUCACGGGUUGUGUUGCCAAUGGACUAUCAGUAUACAGAAUCUGCACGAGGAAGGAACACGGUUCACCAACAAUGACCAUGAUCACAAUUUUAUCAUCCAGUAAUUCUGUUUCUGUGAUUAUAACAUAUAUGCCAUUUUUGGCCAGUUUUGGUCACAUUGCUGAUGGUGUUCAGAGUUCGCUGGAUUUCAAGAUUGCGGCUAUCAUAUCCGCUUCCGCCAUCACCAUUUCCGGUUUCUAUGUUGCCCAGUUAUCAGCCCUGCGGUAUCUCCAGCUCAGAUACCCUCUAUCAUCUUUGAAGUACAUAACAACAAAGACGAGGGACAAACUUCAUAAAAUGAGUCAUGCUAUUUUCUACACUACUUUGCUGGCCUGGAUAUUACAUUUCGGCUUCAUCCCAGUUAUAUUGGUAUUUCGCUCAAAUAUCAAACAUCCAGUCAGAAGAAACAGCAGCAGGUACCCCUUACCAGUGUACGGAACGAACGUAUAACAGUAUUCGGAAGAAGAAAUAUUUUCUCAUUCUUUAAUUUUCAUUUCUUUCCUCUUUUUUCCAUUAUUUUCAAAGAUAAUUCUAUUUUAUUUUUUGUUUUUGAAAAAGUGAAAAUUAUCUCAGCAGAGUUUGUUAAAUUCUGCACAUAAUAAAAACUGGCACUUCCUUUA